AUCUACGGAUUUUUGGCAGUCUUGGCAGUAGUUUUUGGAAUUAUUAGGUUAGGAAUGAGAAUGAUUGAGGAAGAUAAAUAGUUCAAGACUCUUUGUUUGCUGUUCUGAAGUGGUGAGAGCGAAAUGGCUGCAAUGGAAGUCGGCAAUGAUGUCCAGGAGCAGUGUGUGGAGCUGCUCAACGAAGCCGCCCUGCUCACGGACGACGUCAAAAAGGUGGCCAACCUGAAGAAGGUGCAGGAGCUCAUCAUCCACCAGGACCCGGCGCUGCUGGACAACUUCCUGGACGAGGUGGUGGCCUUCCAGUCGGACACCAACGCCGAGGUGCGCCGCGCAGUGCUCGGCUUUAUCGAGGAGGCGUGCCGCAAAGACCACGAGAUGGUGCCCAAGGUGGUGGCCAACCUGAGCCUGCUGCUGCAGGACAGCUUCUCGGUGGCCGUGGUGAAGCGGACCAUCCAGGCGAUCGGCAACAUCUACAAGAUCACGCUGCAGUGGCUGAGCCAGGCGCGCUCCGUCACCGACCUCAUGGACUCGGCCUGGAGCAUGCUCGGACAGAUGAAGCGACAGAUCAUCAGCUACGUGGACCACGACAACGACGGCGUGCGCACGAUGGCCGUCAAGUUCAUGGAGAUGGUGGUUCUUCUCCAGACCUACUCGGAGCCAGGCAGCCUGAAGCGCCAGGAGUUCUGUCUGGACGGGGUGCCGAUGACGCUGAAGAUCGCCCGGCCGAGGAAGCUGGAGGAGGAGGCCCGCACCGUGUUCGCCGAGAUGAUCAAGUUCCAUGGCUCGCCGCACAUCAGCAGCGUGAACCUGAUGGCGUGUAUGGGCUCUCUGACGCUGAUCGCUCGCUGUCGGCCGUCGUUUAUCGGCCAGGUGAUCUCAGCCCUCGAAUCGCUUCACGCCAAUCUUCCUCCGACGCUGUCAAAGUCACAGGUCAACUCGGUACGCAAGCACAUGAAGAUGCAGCUGCUGAACCUGCUGAAGCACCCGGCCUCGUACGACAGCCACCGCAACAUCUGCACGCUGCUGACGGACCUUGGCGCCUCUCAGAGCGAGGUGGCCCGCGCCAUGCCGCCCGCCGAGGAGCUCCGAAAGCGGCAGCGGCGCACCGAGGAGCCGCCCGGCGCCGCGGACGACGACACUCCCGGCACCAAGCGGCAGAAGUUCGUCCCAGAGGACGACGACGAUGACGACGAAGAGGUUCCCGCCGGCCGCGUCGCGUCGGGAGCCCGUCUGGCGCCCGUGGAUAAGAUGAAGCACAAGCUGAACGCGAUCGACAUCACAGAGACGUGGGCGGCGGAGCGUCUGACGCCGCAGCUGGCCGCCGACCUGGUGCUGGUCUCCAUGCAGCACCUGCCGGACGCGCCGCCGGCCCUCUUCAGUAACACGUUCACGCCCAUCUCUGCGGCUGGCACCCGGUCCCAGAUCCAGCACGUGGCGCGCCUGCUGGCCGCCCAGCUGACCAAGGCCGGCCUGGGACCGGGCGUGGAGGCGACGCGUAACCAGGGCAUCCAGAUGACCGACCACGACUGGGAGAUGGAGGACGAGGAGGAGGCUCCGGCCGGCUCCCGGCGGCCCAUCGCCACCGUCCUCUCCGGCACCGUCACCGGACGAGAGGCCAAGAAAAAGGUGGCACUACUCCCCUCCGGACAGAUGCACAAAAAACACAUGGCGAAGCCGCUGCGUCUGACGGAGAUCACCAGGCCGCUGCCCAAGGACGAGCUCGAGAAGUCCAUGACGGCGGCGCUCGACCGGCUGCUGGCCGCCGAGAAAGCCGGCCCGCGUCGGGGGACUGUUCUCCGUCCGAGCCAAACUGCUGGCCAUGAUGUCGGCCCACUUCACACCGCAGCUGUUGGACAAGAUGCUGGUUCACAUUCUGGAGGACAUGCGCGGCCGGGCCGACCUGGUGUUCAGCUGGCUGUACGAGGAGUACUGCAACUCGGUGGGCUUCAGCAACUUUGGCCAGGUGAUGCGCAGCACAGCCAACUACGAGCAGAUCUUCUGCAUGCUCAUCUCGGCGCUGAUGGUGCGGCCAGACUUCAAGGACGGAGAAAUCCUGCUGACUCGUCUGUUCCUGGAGGCGCCGGUGGUUCCCGCCUCGGCCGUGGACAUCCUGAAGGGGUUCAGCUCGGACCCGGCCACCUACCAGCUGGGCCUGCAGCUGUUUGGGCAGCUGCUGAGCGGCCGGCCCGGCCGGCAGGCCAGCUACGUGCCGGCGCUGCUGCAGCUGGCCACGGGAGCCGCCCAGGAGAUCCGCGACCGGGCGCUGGAGCUGGUGCUGCAGCUGCACCAGAGCAGCGCCACGCUGGCCACGCUGGUCGAACAGCACGCCGUGGAGCGGCUCAAGUGGCUCGGCGAGGAGACGCCGCCGGCGCAGCUGGUCACCGAUCAGCAGAGUUUCCACAUCUCACCGUCCCGGAGGGGGUGACUCGCGAGUGGACGGACGAGCUGGCCAAGCUGUGUCUGCACCUGUACCUGGCGCUACUGCCGCGACGAGAGAGCCUCAUACACGAACUGGCGCACGUGUACGUGCUGACCACGGCCGACGUGAAGCGGACCAUCCUGCGCGUGCUGGAGGCGCCCAUCCGCGGCAUGGGCAUGGAGUCGCCCGAGCUGCUCACACUGGUCGAGACGUGUCCCAAGGGCGCCGAGACGCUCAUCACGCGCGUCAUACACAUACUCACCGAUAAAACCCCUCCGUCAGUUGAACUGGUGGACCGGGUGCGGGACCUGUACCAGAAGAGGGUGUCCGACGUGCGCUUCCUAAUCCCGGUGCUGAACGGGCUGAACAAGAGCGAGGUGAUCGCCGCGCUGCCCAAAAUCAGACUCAACCCCGUCGUCGUCAAAGAGGUGUUUAACCGGCUGCUGGGCAUCCACGCGGACACGGGCAACUUCAGCUCGCCUCUGACACCCGUGGAGCUGCUGGUGGCGCUGCACAACAUCGACCCGGCCAAGUGUGACAUGAAGACAAUCAUCAAAGCGACGUCGCUGUGUUUCGCCGAGAAGCAGGUGUACACGCAGGAGGUGCUGGCCGUGGUGCUGCAGCAGCUGAUGGAACAGGACCCGCUGCCCGUGCUGCUCAUGAGAACCGUCAUCCAGUCGCUGGCCCUCUACAACCGGCUCAUCGGCCUGGUCAUGAACAUACUCACCCGGCUGGCCAGCAGACAGGUGUGGACCGAGAAGAAGGUAUGGGAGGGCUUCAUCAAGUGCUGCCAGCGCACCAAGCCGAGCAGCUACCAGGUGCUGCUGCAGCUGCCCGUUGACCCGCUGCGAGAGGUGUUUGACACGGCGCCCGAGCUGCGCGCGCAGCUGCGCGACUACGUCAACGGCUUCACGGCCUCUCAGCGGGAGCACCUGCCGGCCGACGUUUUCGAGCUCAUCACGGGCAGGAAGCCGGGCGAAGAGCCGCAGCGGGUGUCGCCGCCGCCGGCACCGGAGCCGGCCGCCGAGCCGCCGCCGCGACUGCCUCGCGCUCGGAAUCGGAAGCGCUCCAAGCGACACCCGCCCUCCUCGGGCGCCGCCGACGCGCCCAUGAAGGCGAUAGACUACUGACGGGCCGGCCGGAGCGAUCCACUCUUUCUACCGAGACGGGCGCGCGCCGGGUGCCGGGCGCAGUCAGGGCUGUGAUGGAGCCACCAGCCGGGCCACCGGCUCACACACGGGGAGUCGGUCAGAGUCGCCACGGAUAGAACUCUCAGAAUGGCCGGCGACCUCCGGCCGGAACACAGUGCAGGGGGGACGGGCGGGCGGCCGGCCGGUAUCGCCAUUCCAACGCGUCUGUCGUGUUCUACCGCGGACGUGUCUCCGCUACCACUAACUGAGGCGGCCCGGGCCGAUCGCGGCGGGCGGGCGCCGAUCGGCCCCGCAGCCGCUCACUCUAUUGGACAAACUCGCUGGUUUUGUAUGUGCUCUGUUGGUGUUGUUGACGUCAUCGGU